UGUUGUGUGCGCGUUGACACUGCAGUGGUGAUAGGAAAUUGUUAGUCAGUAACUUGGAGGUUGUUAGGAAUGUUGACUGAUAAAGGAUAACUGGGUAUGUGUAGGAUGUGCACUGCGUCUAUUGGAAGGUUAAUUGUACGAUGUCUGUCUGUGUGUCAAUGUAGGAUGUAUCAGGAACCAUCGCUACGUGUGGAUGUUAAAUUUACUUGUAGAUGUCAAUAAGGGCAGAUGGUCGUUCAUUCACUAGUGUGGUUAGAGUAACGUGGGUUCAGAAUAGGUUUGUGUAAUGGCUGUAACAAGUGUAGUGUUUUCGUGGUCAUUGUAGUUGUGUAGGAAGGAAGAAUUACGCUUAACCUCUUCAGUACUGUGACGCAUUUUCACCUUGAGAUGUGUGUACGAUUAAAUCAUUCUAUUGAUGUUACAAAGCGUGUAUGGAUGUCACAAGGUUUCUCAAGUUGUAUAAAAUCACCAAAUAGUAACAGAAGGAAUAUGAAAACGCGUCUUGGUGCUGAAGGGAUUAAACGGGUCGCGUUACUAUAGAACUCCUUUAAGUAAGUUGUAUUUGAGGCUAAAAUGUUUCAGGUUAGUCAUUGUGGUUCCCUCGUUAUAGAAUAGGUACCAGAAUCGGCGAAAAGAAUGAGUGGACAAGAUUUCCUAACGUAACGAGGCUGGUGUUUCAAGGCGUUGACGAUCCAAAGGCCUGACUCCACAGCGGUAAUGAGCCUCGUCUACCUUGCACUUAACGGACAAUGCUCACUACCAACACCUCUGCCACCGCCACUACCGCCGUUGAGGGAGACUGGCUGGAUGAGUGGGUGAUAGAGGCGAGGCAGGUGUGGUGAGGCGGAGGAUUGGAGACGAGAACCUACAGAUGACGGCAGACACGGAAGAUUCCACUUACCAGGAGUUGGUGAUCCGAAGCCGUGACUGCAGCGAUCCCGUGCGUCCUGCACCAUCAGGGAAGGACUCUCUCUGGCUUCGCACUGCGCCUACAUUGACCGUUGCCGCCGCUGCUACCGCUACUCGGAGGGGCACUGCCUCGCAUUGGUCCUUCACUGCCGUCCCGCUAAUACACGUGUCGCCGUCGCAGCUACUGGCACUGAGGGACUUCGCCUCGCAGCGGCCUGGCAAACACCUGCUACACCACCACCACCACCACCGGAGUCCAGAGAUUCAGCUUCGCAUAGCAGACAUCCUCCUAUUCAACGCUUGCUGCCACUACCACCUCAUUAUGGUGGUGUCACUGUACUUGGAUCUGUUGUCUCUACUGAAUAAUAAUGUGUAAAGAAAUCUUUUUGUUUCGGUAAAUUUCCUUUCCUGGGAAUA